AUGUCGCAUCCAGACUCUGCUUCAGUAUACAGCCAGCAGGAUGCCCGGCCUGCAAAGCAUCCUGCGCUCUCUCGCCCGCUUUAUGCCUUCGACCUGCCUGCAGCGCUACGUAAUUCGCUCCGUCUUCGAUCAAGGGUCGAAGAGACCGAAGCAUCUCAGCUUCUGCAACCAAGCAUACCUCAAACACAACCAGCAGCUUCGCAAGACUCUCGCUCCGAGGAGGCAGGCCAACUUCGCAACCCGUCCCAGCUUCAGGUACCGCCAUGCUCCUUGUGUCCAUCAUGCUCCCCCUUCCCAUCCGUCACAGCUCAGCGUGCCCACUUUCGUUCCGACUGGCAUCGCUACAAUGUGCAGCUCAACGUACAGAACGCUUCAUUGCUAGUGUCCGAGCAAGCGUUCGCGAAGCUCUCGGAGGAGGUCGAGAGCGCGAGCGAGCUCGAAUCCGAUGAGGACUCUCACCAGUCUCAUUCCUCUACCCUCAAGACGGAUCUCGUAACCAAGAUUCUCGCCCGCACUUCGCUCAACGUCGAUAAGCGACAUCCUGCCGACAUCACCGGUGACUCCACAGAAGCAGACGCUGCCGAUUCUUUCGAUGCGCUGCAGCUUCGCGCUCCACUUUUGUGGUUCAUCUCUAAAGAUACCGCCUCCGACGCAGACAAGCUGCACCAAACACAAUUCGGAUUUCACCGCAAUGCUUUCCCAGAUCCAGGCACUCCUGCAGCGCCCACUCUUUCGAGCUCGUCCACUGCUGCAGACUGGUACGCUGCUUGCAUCGCCUCGAUGCAGGCCGGGCGCAUCACUCGAAAGGGAUCAAAGCAGUCGACGUGGAAGGGAAAGCGUGUCAAGUCAAAGGAGGUUCAAGAAGCGGCCAAAUCACUCAUGAUGACCGUCCUCGAUGGCGAAGGGUUCAUCCGAGGACUGUCCACAGCGGUCGAAUCCGAGACUGCCGGCAGCAGCGACGAAGACGCUGGCUUCAGCUCGGCAUCCGAGGACGAAGAGUCCUCCGACGAGACCAUGUCGGCGUCCACAAUCAGCCGUAAUCCAAACGCCGAUCCGCCACUGCGCAUGUGGACCGUUCUGCUGCUCGGAGGCGGUCACUUUGCAGCGUCCGUCAUUGCACUCAAUCCUCACAUCACUACCUACAGCGGCAAACAGCGCGGCGGCACCAACGCUCCCAGAGAGGAUCGUUCGCUCAUUCUGCUCGCGCACAAGGCUUUCCAUCGUUACACUACCAGACGCAAGCAAGGUGGUGGUCAGGCUGCCCAAGAUGCCACCGGACGCUUUGCCAAGUCGGCAGGUGCACAGCUGCGUCGAUACAACGAGGCUGCCCUUGGAGACGACGUGCGUGGUCUCCUCGACUCGCCCGGCUGGAGAGAGCUCGUCUCUCGCAGCGAGAAGAUUUGGAUCCGAGCUGGAGCAAGGGCGGCGAGAGGUCUGCUCUGGUCGUGGGAAGGCUCCAAAGCCAGUCGAGGCAGCCCUCUUGAGGCUGCGCGCACCGACGGGCGACUCGGAUCGUUGCCCUUCCCAACAAGGCGGCCAACUAUCGGCGAGACCGUACGAUGCUUCCUCGAGCUGGCCAAAGUCAAGGUGGAGCACAAGUCGGACGAGCAACUCGCAGCCGAGGAGCAGGAGGCGCUCGAGCAAAUCAACCAGAAAUCUCGCAAGGAGGCCGAAGCUAGGCGGCGAGAAGAGAAGGCUCGGGAGCGGGCGACAGCCUUGGAAAAGAGCCGCGCAGAGAAGAGCGCUAAGCCCGCCCCUCUCACCGAACAGGAGCAGGCCGAACGGAGCCGGUGGGGUCGAUUGGUCGAGAUGAUACGCAAAAACAGGUCAGAGGCGCUCAUGACAUUUCUCAGCAAGAACGAACAGGACAUGCUGGGUGGCAGCAUCGACAGCCCUUUGCCGAACUGGCUGCUGGAACAAGAAGUCGACGAGGCAGGUUCGUCAGCUCCUGCCUCGAAGCUGAUUCCGACUACCCUCCUGCAGCUGGCAGCCGAGUCCGGCAGUGACGUGGUCGCACGCUACCUUCUGGAAGACAAGCGUGCAGACCCCACGCUCGCAGCUGAGCGACUCGGCGAGCUGCGAAAGCGCUUCUCCGACGCUGAUGGCGCAGACCAGCCAGGAGACACAUCUGCCGAGGCGCGUCCUCACCGUACGGCAUACGAUCUAUGUAGCACAAAAGAGGUGCGCAACGUCUUCCGUCGCAUGAUGGCCGAGCACGCCGAAUGGUUCGACUGGGGCGGCAUGUCUUCAGGCGGAGCACGUGUCCCCAGUGCGCUCACCGAGGAGAUGCAAGACAACCAGACGGCAAAGCAGAAGGACCGACGAGCUGCGAUGCGCGAAAAGGCGCGCGAGCGUGCCAGUAGAGCAGCUGAAAAAUCGACUUCCACAACGUCUGCAUCGGUGGAGGAGGAGCAAGAGGCAGCUGCUCAGCAGCAACAAAAGAGCUCGCAUCACUCGACAAAUCGUCUCGGCGGCAGCAAUUUGGCACCUAGGGCUCUGCUGCAGCAGAGGGAUGAACAGCAAGGUCUGACGCCCGAGAUGCGGGCGCGUAUCGAACGAGAGAAGCGCGCUCGGGCAGCGGAGGAACGUAUGAAGGCUCUGAUGAACAAGUAG